AAUAAUGUCCUAUCUGUGCCUGGGUCCAAUGAGUGCAGGAAAAACACUCCUAUUGACUUGUUUGCAAAAUCCUGAUUCAGUUAAUUUCACCUCUCACUCUGUACCUAGUGUAGGAACAAAUUUGUACACUAUCAAAAUUCCACCAAUCGUUAUAGAUGAAAAGGAUGUAAAUCAAAAAAUUCCACCUCCGGGUAAACGUAAAGAAUUAGUACAGGUUCGGGAAGUGGGAGGUUGCUUGGCACCAAUAUGGCGUGAUUAUCUGCUAAAUCACAUCGAGAAACUAAUUUACGUUGUAGAUACGUCGAAUUUGUGUCAAAUAUCUGCCGCAGGUGUUCUCUUGUACUCUAUGCUAGCCGAACCAAGGUUACAGAAAACCAAAUUUUUACUUGUGCUAUCCAAAAUGGAUCUCGCAUAUCGACAGAUGCGAAACGAAGCGCUCCUCAUGCUGCAAAUGGAGAAAUUUCAAAAACAAAUACCCCAAAAUAUAACAAUUGUCCAGUUUAGUGCCAUUACUAAGGAAGGAAUUGAUGAAAUUUUCGAUUGGUUGGCAAUGAAUUAA